UCAAAAAAUUUCAACGAUAAAUAUUAAUAAUCAUGUUCAAUAUAUUUUCAUUAAAACUUAUCAAAUUAAUUUUUUUAUUACUUAAUGUGUUUUUACAUACAAAGGCAUAUACGCCUACAAAAAAUUUAAUGGAUCAAUUAGAUAAGUUACUAAAACAUUCGGGAUGGAAAAAUUUAAGUGAUGUAAGCUCUAUAAAAUAUUGUAAUAAAAGUUAUUAUCUUAAUAAUCUGAUUGAAACACUUACAUCUGUUCAUAAAGGUGAUACAAAAAUACGAUUAUUAACAGUAUUUCUAGGCUGCACAUACGCAAAAGUUAUAAAUAAUAUUUUUUCAAUUAUUGUCAACUGGGAUGAAAUUUGUAAAAAUCAAAAUGAAAAAGACAACAACUUAACAAAUGAAUGCAUUUACACUAAAGAAUUCAUAAACAUAAUAGCUAAAUUAAUUGUUCCAAUAGCAACAUUGAUGAAAGGUGCAAUGGAUGCUGUAGAUUUAUUACAUCAUUUACCAUUGGCUAAUUUUAAAAUACAUAACAAAAAGGCCUACAUAAUAAGUUAUUUAUUAGAUAGAAUAGGAAAUAUUUUUGGUAAAUUUAAUGAUCCGAGUCUAUCAUGUGAUGAUAGAUCUACAAACUCUUCGACAUUUGAAAUUGCAUAUAAAUUUUUUAAAAGAAUAAUAGAACUUUUACAACUUGCUACUGAUAAAUAUUGUGAAUUUGUACCUUACGAUACAAAUUAUUUAUGGACUGAAUGGGUUGAAGAAUAUAGAGGCAUUAAACAGGGAGUAAAGUUAAAAUUUUUAAAAUUCUUAACCAAAAAAUUUGAAAUUUAUAUCAAGAAAGAAAUUUUAGAAAAAUAUUUUCAAGUGGGAUUUAAAUUUGAUCCAAUUACUGAAGAAACGUUUUUACCAACACCGGAGGAACAAUUUGAUAUAGAAUUGGAAUUUAAAGCAAUAGACGAAGAACCUCCAAUACCAGUGCAAAUACAAACUAAUAUACUAGAUAAAUUACUAAAAUAUUCAGGAUGGAAGAAUUUAAAUGAUGUAAGCUCUAUAAAAUACAAUAAUAAAAGUUAUUAUCUUAAAAGUCUGAUUGAAACAUCUACAUCUGUUCAAAAACGUGAUUCAAAAAUACGAUUAUUGACAGUAUUUCUAGGCUACACAUACGCAAAAGUUAUAUAUAAUAUUUCUUCAAUUAUUGUCCAAUGGCAACAAAUUUGUAUAAACAAAAAUAAAGAAGACACUGACUUAAUAAAUGGAUGCAUUUACACUAAAGAAUUUAUAAACAUAAUAGCCAAAUUAAUUGUUCCAAUAGCAACAUUGAUGAAAGGUGCAAUAGAUGCUUUAGAUUUAUUACAUCAUUUACCAUUGGCCAAUUUUAAAAUAUAUGACAAAAAACCGUAUAUGAUAAUUCCUUUAUUAGAUAGAAUAGAAAAUAUGUUUGGUAAAUUUAAUGAUCCGAGUCUAUCAUGUGAUGAUAGAUCUACAAACUCUUGGUCAUUUGAAAUUGCAUAUACAUUUUUUAAAAGAAUAAUAGAACAAUUACAACUUGCUACUGAUAAAUAUUGUGAAUUUGUACCAUACGAUACAAAUUAUUUAUGGAAUGAAUGGGUUGAAGAAUAUAGAGGCAUUAAACAGGGAGUAAAGUUAAAAUUUUUAAAAUUCUUAAUUAAAAAAUUUAAAAUUUAUAUCAUGAAAGAAAUUUUAGAAAAGUAUUUUCAACUGGGAUUUAAAUUUGAUCCAAUUACUGAAGAAACAUUUAUACCAAAACCAGAGGAACUAAUUGAACUAGAAUUGGAAUUUAAAGCAAUAGACGAAGAACCUCCAACACCAGUGCAAAUAGAAAUACAUUAAAUAUUGUAAAAAAAUUAAUUUAGUUAUAAAUUUGUGUUUUAUAAUUACAUUUAGCUUAUUUUUAAGUAAAUCUUUCAACUAUUACUAAAAUCUAAACCUGAAUAGUGAAUCACACAAUUAUUUGUUGGUUGUACAAACGGAAGUAUUUAAUUAUUUAUUGAUAUUCAUAAUUAUAAAAAUUAUAAUUAAAACUUGAAGUAAAGUGCGGAUGCUUUAAUAGCCAAAUAAUUCUCGGCUAUAGUAUUCCUCUCAUCUAGAUAUAAUAUUGUUCAUAACUUUUGAAAUAUCGACCCAAAAACUUAUAAUAGACUAAAUAUAAUAAAUUCUUUUGCAUAAGUAAAUCAUUAUUUAACAAAUAAGCUUGUUAUAAGUGUAUACAGUGGUUGAUUUGAACAGAUCUAACUGACAACUCUUAUGACUUAUGAUCUACAAAACGUUUUAUAGUUUUUUUGUUUUAAUCAAUUUUUAAAAUAUAGGACUAUAUUUUAAAUAUUUUUUAUGAUAUGGUUCGAUAUUAUAAAAAAAAUUUUAAAAAUUAAUUUUUUUUUUUUAAGAUUUGAAGAUGGCCAUAUUAUUGUUAUGCUUUAAAUUUUGGUUUAUUUACUUAUUAUAGUAACUAAAUUUAUUAUAAAAUUGAUAAUUAAUAAUUUAGUUGAUAAUACACUAUGUGAAGAAAGAAUGGCCAACAAGAGAGACAUUUAAUCUAAGUGCUUAUAAUGUUAUACGAGCACCAUUGAUACCGCCUUCAAAAUAUAUGCUACCACCACUUCACAUGAAGCUAGGUCUCAUAAAACAAUAUAUCAAUGCUUUUUGACAAAAAUGGUGAUUGUUUCCAGUAUUUGAAAGAAAAGUUUCCUGCGAUAAGUGAUGCAAAAUUAAUAGAAGGAAUUUUUUAUGGACCCCAAAUUCGAUCUCUAUUUCUAGAUGCAAAUUUUACAAGAAAAAUGAACGAGACGAAGAGAGCAGCUUAGGUAAGUUUCAAAAAUGUGUCUGAAAAUUUUUUAGGAAAUAAAAAAAGCGAAAACUACAAGACGUUAGUAGAAGAAUUGGUGACAAAUUACAAAAAUUUAGGUUGCUUAAUGAAUCUCAAACUACAUUUCAUGGAUUCUCACGUGGACCACUUUUCUGAAAAUCUUCGAGAGUACAGUGAAGAACAGGGAGAAAGAUUCCAUCAAGACAUAAGUGAAAUGGAAACUAGAUAUCAAGGAAAUUGGAAUAUUAAUAUGAUGGCAGAUUUUUGCUGUACACUUAAAAGGAAUACACCAAGAAUAUGAUAACAAACGGAAAAAAAAACCUCUGCAUAGAUCGUUUGAGAACAAAAGAGUUCGAUGUCAACGAAGAACAGUUUAACCUCUUCAUGUACGGUGGCAUCAUAUAAUAUCACUAAAUUGUAGAAUUUAAAUAAAAUCGAAAAAUCGUGGUAGCAAUGUUAUUAUUGUUUUCGUUUAAUGUACGAACCGUUGCGCAUCGGUCUACUUGGUUGUGUUAUCAUUGAAAGAGAUAUAUUAAUAAACGCGAAACUGUUUUGUGCAUUUGAAAAAGUCAAAUUUUACUUUUUUUUUAUAUAUAAUUAUAUAAUUAUAAUUAAUGACCAAAUAAUGUAAAUAUAUUUAUAAUUAAUUACGUUUAUUACAUAAAAUAGUACGAUCUAUUCAUAUUUGUCAAUAUUGAAACAAUAUAAUGUUGUUAUGUAUUCGAAAUUGCUUAGUUACCAUGUGGUAUCGAAUGAUAACACUGUGCCUAUUAUAUGAAAAAUAAUAACAAUUUAUACAAUUUAUAUUAAUAGUUUUUUUUCUAGUUGAAAAUAGAUCUCAGGAAUAAAGAUAUAGUUUUUUUUUUUGGAUUUAGAAAUCUCUAGUGAUUCAUAAUGUGCUGUAUGUCCAGAAUGUAUGAGAGCAUUUCACAUUAAAUUAUUAAAAAAUUGACUACAGUAUAUAUUAUUUUGUUAAAUACUUUUAAAAUAUGUUAUAAAACUUAUAUUCAGUUAAAAAACUGCAGUUAUCAGAAGUCUGAAAUUUAAG